GGCCUCCGUGGGCGGCGGCGCGUCCGCCGCGGAGCUGGUGUCGGCCCUGCCGCCGGCGGGCGUAGCCGGGGGCGGCGGCGCGGCGCUGUUGCUGGUCCCCCGUGCGCGCGCGGCGGAGCUGCCGGCGCUUGCCGCUGGCGCGGAGAGCUCGCUGGGGCCUGGCGUGCGGGUAGUGGCGGCGCUGACGGGCGCCGAGCGCCUGCAGCUGGCCGUGGCGCCUGGCGGCGCGCGGGCCCCAGCGGCAGCCCGCGGCGGGUGCAGGACCUGGACGGCCUGGCGGCGGCGGCGGCCGGGGCGACGGCUCUGCUGCUGCUGGCCGACCCCUCCACGCCGCCUGCCGCGCUUGGCAGCGCGUGGUCUGGGCUGGAGGCACGCUUUCCCGCGGCGGCCAGGGUCGGCGCGGUCGUCGCGCCGCCCGCGGAGAAGGGCAGCCCGGCGCUCGCGGGCUUCGCCGGGGCCUUGCAGCCAGGCGCCAUGGUGGCGGUGGCGCUGGGGGCGCCCGCGCGGGCGGCCGUGAACACGUGCGGCUACGAGCCCUUCGGCCAGGAGAUGGAGGUGUUCGAGGCCUCUCUGCCGAGGUCUGGGCCGUGCGUGGUGCAGACGAUCGGGACCGACAAGAUGGGCAGCUGGGAGGACGCGGAGGAGACGGAGAAGGGCACCGCGGGGAUCGCGCGCCGGGUGAGCGUCCCCGCCGCGCGGGCCGUCCAGGACUCGAAAGGAGGCCGGCGUGGGAGGUCCGAAGGAGGUGCUCUUCGGAGUCCCAGGGGCUGCGGCGUCGGGCGGGGCGCCGGUGCAGACGGUCGAGGGCAAGGCGUGGUCGAUAUCCCCGCCCCGGAAGGAUGGGAGCGUGGUCCUUGGCGGCAGGGGCCCCGUCGCCGAGGGCCUGUGCCCGAAGGGGGCGCUGGCCUGCAUGCGCUGCUUCCGCCCCGUCGUCGGGCCCGAGGCGGCCACCAGGGGGGGAGCCCAGAUGGCCAGCGGAGCGUCCACGGGCGCCCUGGCGCUCGCGUCCGCGGGCGCGCCCCCGGGGGCGCUGAAGGACCUGCUCGGGCGGUGUGGCCCGGGCGCGCUCGUCCUCGUCGGCUCCUCGCUGAUCGGGGCGGUGGCCGGCACCGCGAGCCCCGUGCAUGGGAGAGCGGUUGGUCUGCUCGCGCCCUGAGGGGAAGGCGGGUCGAAGAUUUGGGGGGGGCCUGGGAGGAGCAGCGGGCGUAGGCAGCCGCCAGUGAGCCGUGGCCGGGUGGCCACGGUCGGGCCGUGGCCGUGGCCGGAGAGGCCCUCGCUUCGCGCCAGUGGCCCGCAGGAUCGGUGUCCGGUUGGCGCGACAGAGGGGGGCGACAUUCGGAGGAGAACGAUCAAGCAGUGGCGAAGCGUCCCAGCUCGCCUAGAGGCCUUUCCGAAUUACCCUUCCUCCUCGCCCGCCCUCCCGCUCCUCCUCAUCCUUCUGCUGCUUCCCCCCGCGCGCCGACCCAAGGAAUCCGCGCAGACCUCCGGAAGCUUUGCGCGUUUGUUUUGUUUGCUCGGUCUCCCGCGGGUGUCGCGGGAUGUCGCAGCACAGGCUUUCCGGCGUUGUCUCUGCCCCCGCGGCCGUCAAGACGCGGCUCGCGGCGCAGGGCUGGUCCUGCGGAUGAUUGGGGUCGAGGGCUGCGGGCGCCGACUUUGGCAGGUCGCGACGUCGGAGGUCCGCGAUGCUUCCCUCCCCGAGUUUGGUUUUGGAGUAGUCUCGAACGGGAAGCCGGGAAGCAGCGACACUGUACCACUGAGUGGCG